AUGCUACAUAGAAAUUUUGAUAUUUGGGAUGAUGAUUGGAAGUCGAUUAAAGCCAGAGCCGCGAAGGAAAGGAAUAAUAUUCUUGCAGGAUCGAUUAUCAAUUAUAAUGAAUAUAGUAAAGUAAUAAUGCAUAGCCAAGAACAAAAAAAUAUACGAUUAUUUUUUAUUAUAAGAUUUUUGAUUGCUGAAUUUGAUAUGUGGCUUACUGAGUUCAUUGAUGAUGUGAGAUAUUUAGAUAAUAUAAUUAGAAAUAAUGAUUAUAGAGAUAAGGUUGAGUGUUUUGAUGAAUUUUCUAUUCUUUGUUAUCAGUUUAUAAAAAAUAUAUAUAAAACUGAUCGUUUAUUUAUGGCAGUCAUGAAAGUCAAUAGUGAUGAAAUAGCUUCAAUAGUAAAUGAUGUAUUUUGUGAACGCAUUUUACCGGAAGUUAUUGAAGCUCACUGCAGAUUUAAGAGCAUGGAUGCAGAUGUAUGA